CUUCAGAUUCUCUCGCGAGAUUUGCCCACCACAGACGCGGAGAUGCAGCGAGCUGCCUGCGUCUCAGUUCUGAUCGCGCAGCGAGGACCGCGCCGUCCGGCUGGAAACACACCGAGAAGGUCUCUAAAUAGAUGAACCGACGAGUCCUCCGCGUGCAGAAAAGCGCUUUUAUUUUGAGCAUGGCCGUCGUUUCCCGUCCGUGUGCAUCCAGAGGAAAGAAACCGCUUCCAUAAUAAUAAAGGGGGGGGGGGGGGUGCGGGGGGCUCCAUGCAGACUCAGGAAACAAGUCGACCGCCUGCGUGAGUCCCGUUUCACUGCCGGGGAUUUAAUCCGCGAUUAUUGCAAAGUCACCCGGGAUGUGGAGGAGCAUCCGGAGCGCAGUGAUCCGUGAGCUCGGGCAGUGACUCUCCUCCGGGGCCGAAGAAGGGCCAGUCGGUCCGGUCAGGCUCGGCUGUUGGGGGGGGGGGGGACUAAAUGAAAGGGGGUCCUGCUUAUGGAUCAAACACAAUGUGCAGACCGAUCGUGGAUCAAGCCGACCCCUUCACCAUCCACGCAAGUUCCCUAAAGAUGGCUGGCUUUAGGUUACUGACUUCCACAUGUUCCGCCUCCCUUUAGGGGAGAAAGAGAGAGAGAGAGAGAGAGAGAGAGAGAAAAAGAGAGGCACACACGCACUGACCUCCACCUGGGGCCACCGACAUGGAUAAACUCACCGUGAUAUCUGGAUGCCUCUUCCUCACUGCAGACAUCUUCGCCAUCGCCAGCAUCGUUAACCCGGACUGGAUCAGCACCGGAGAGUCAGCCGGCUCUCUGACCGUGGGUCUGGUCCGGCAGUGCCAGACCAUCCACGGCCGAGACCGGACCUGCAUCCCCCCGCAGCUGCCCCCGGAGUGGAUCACCACGCUCUUCUUCAUCAUCCUGGGCAUCAUCGCCCUCACCGUCACCUGCGGCCUGCUGGUGAUGUCACGCUGGCGCCGCGAGGCCGCUCGAUACGCCCGCUGGAUCGCCUUCACAGGAAUGGUCCUGUUCUGCAUGGCUGCUCUCAUCUUCCCCAUCGGCUUCUACAUCAAAGAGGUUGGAGGACAGCCAUACAAGCUCCCCAACAACACGGUGGUGGGCUCCUCCUACGUGCUCUUUGUUCUGUCCAUAUUCUUCACCAUUGUUGGACUGCUGUUUGCCGGGAAGGUCUGCCUGCCCGGCUGACUCCUCCUUCUUUUUUUGGUAUCUUUGGAGAAACACCACAAUUGGAGGCGAGUUUUGUUAGAAGUGACUCUUCCGCGGCCGUCAGUGUCGGACGUACUGUUGACAAGUAGAACUAAACCGAGAAGCUCCCGCGUAUGUGUUCCCUCUGGUUGAAUUGUCGCGGGGAGCCGAAAAUCACCGCGUUCCAGAGACUGAGCAGGAGCAGAGAGCUCGGAAAUGGCCUCCAUCAUUGUCCGUCCUGAAUGAUGACUGUAAGGUGGUAACAGAAAGGAGCAUAGUAAAAAAAUAAAUAAUAUACAUAUAUAACAUGAUGGAAAUGGAUUCAAACAUCCGGACUUUCAAGGGAGCCCUGUGGUAUUAUCCGUCAUCUUAAGACGUAAUGACAGGUCGGAUGCACAUGGACUGAUGUGUCGGGCCCCAGAGCGCCCAACGCACCAAAUAUGGGCCAGUUACCUCCACGAUGGAGGCUCUUCCUGACCACAACGUGGAAUACACACAAUGCAGUUCUACUUUGGAGGCACAUCUUAUUUAUUUGUUUCAUUGUUCAGUUAUGUCUUUUUGUUCAGGCAAAUCGUAUUAAAAGGCCCAAUGUAUCCCCGUCUUUCCCCUGCCUUUAAUAUGUGUGGUGGAUCACUUUGCCUUAAAAGAAGCUGUUAACCUAAAACACAACAACUAUGAUGCGGUUUAGUUAGUGGCUAGAAGAAAGGAUUUAGCGUAGAAAUAUUAGAACUGGAACAUAAGACGUGAUAAUUAUGGGAGCAAGUUGGAGCCGGUCUCGAGGACGUUGUUGAGCGUCACCUCCAACGUUAUGGGUCAGCAGGUCAAACGUCGUGUCUGUUACAGCUUUGUUACUCUGAAUGAGGAUGAAUGUGUCAUUCGUGGGUUUGAGCAUUUCCUGUUGUUUAAACACUGUAUCAAGAAAUGACCGAUUCACGACUUAUCUUUUCUUUUCUUUUUUAUAUUGUGGAGACGCUGAAGCCGACUUCAUUUCUGUUUGAAUGAACAGACAGCCAGUCUGUGGUAUCUUCUGGAAACACUGUGAUGUACUGGAAAGAGCAUGGAAGAUCUCAUCUCAUUAAAAAAUGACUCCGAUUGUCUCGUCAAUUUAACAUUUUCCUUUAGGAGAC